GUUGCGGGGGGGGACGAGGGGGGCCGAGAGUCCGAUGUUCAUUGGGCUGAACAGCAAGCAACUUCAGACCAUCUUCUUGAUUGUAUAUUAACACGAUUUAAUAAAAUACCCUAGUUUGAAUGUUUUAUAUAUGCAGACAUAUAAAUAUAUAUAAAUAUAUAUAUAUAUACUUCUUGUAAAUAAGCCCUCUCUUAAGUGUGCAAUAGGUGCAUAAGGUUGAGAACAGGACCCCCACCCACCCACCCAUCUCUUCCUUGCUUUGCAACCUGGAAUCGGAGCCGGAAGGGGUUGCUUCUGCGUCGGCCCAGCCUGGAGGGGGAAGGACAGAGCAGACGGAAGAACCGCCUCCGAUUUCCAAAAGACCCACAGCGCUCCCCAUUGGAGGAAGUCUUGACUGUUGCUCUUUUAAUUUAUGCAUCUUGUCUCUCUGUUGGAAGGAGGUCUGGAAACCAAUUCCAAGGCUUAAAACACGAUCGGAGCAGUGUGGUUUUUUUGUUUUUUUUUAGGUUCUCUCUCUCUCCACCCCCCCCCCCGCCCUCUCUCCCUCCUUCCUUAUUUUUGUAUUGUAUACUAAUAAAGUGUUCUUGACUUGUUGUGGCCUCCAUUUCUAGGAGAAAAGGGACCCAGCUCUCUGCCCUGUGGAUUGGGCUCCAAGGCAGCUUGUGAUACAUUUUAUUUUACUUUUGGGGGGAAAAUGGGGAUUGUGCAUCUUGACCAUUCCUGGCCUGCAGAUAAUUCUGAAAGAAAUCGAAUGGGUGUUUUUUUGUUUUGUCAAAUCUUUGUUUCCAUUGUUGGGCAAAGCUCAUUUUGCCUCUGUGUCCAACCCCUACCCCCUUUUGCUUCUUGGUUAUAAAAUGUUAAAAGCUCUUUUUUUAAAAAAAAAAAUCACUGUUUUGAGGCUAAGAAUUUGGUAGACGGGUAGUUUUAAAAAUAAUUGUAAACAUCUGUUUGGGGUGGAGUGCACGAGAACCCACAUUUACCCUCUUCAGAAGGUGCAGUCUUGCUGGAACAAACGAGUCUUCUAAAAUGCAGCUAAGUCUGGCACUUCUGGCUUCCGACCUGGGCUGCGGUGACCUUUUGAAGGCUGCAGCACAAAUUUGACUAUAUUUUCAUAAAUGGAUGGACUUGCGGCAUGGCAAGGUAUCAGGAAGGGAUCUGCGUGCCUCCAGUUGAACUCAAAAAGACACUGCUGCCUUAUGAUAAUACCCCCCCUACCCUAAUGAUAAGGAGAGCUUUAUUUUUACUACUUGUGGUACAAAAGAGAAGGUGGCCUUUCGAAAAUGUGUUUGUGUGCGUCUGCUUGCACUCGCAAUCUCAGGCAAUAGCAGCAGUUCAGUGCGUCAGUGCUUUACUGAUAAGUUGGGGUCGUCCGGGGACACUCUAGUUGUGAUUCCUGUAUUGCAGAGGGGGUUGAACUAGAUAAGCCUUGGGGUCCCUUACAACUGCACAGUUCUGUGGUGCUUGGGAGGGUACUGUGUGCCUAUAUGUGUGUGGUGUGGUGUGUUUUGGAGGGGGAGGUUUUAACAGCGCUUCCCAUUUAAUCUGCCGGAUGAAGUCCUUCUGAGCAGGUACUCCGCUACUGUCACAGCACAUGUAAAGUUUUUAAAGGCCUGAAAAAAGAGUUAAGAAUUGUGAGUGCUGGAUCUGCCCAAAAGGGGGCCCGUCUGGUCCAACAUCCUGGUCUCAUAGCAGCUAAGUGGAUGCCUAUUAUAAGAAGCCCACAGGUAGGGAGGUAGUUAUGGCAAAUCUGAGCUAGUAGUCAUGGAUCGCUUUAUCCUCCAUGAUUCAUUAAAAGCAUCACAAUUGGCAAAUUGUGGUUUUUUUUGGGGGGGGGUGUAGCUCAUGCCACCACCCUGGCAAAGCCAAAACCUUUAAAAGUCCGCUGACUGCCUCUGUCUCAGUAGACUUGCUUAAUCUGGUUUGUGUAGUGCAAGCUACUGCUAGACUCGCUCCUAAACACCCAUCCAAACCAAUGGUUCAUAAUUUGGCUCAAAAGACUUGGGGGGCUUUAAACCUGAGCUUUGCAGAAUGGAAGCCUGCUGGCUACACCCUGUUGCAUGCUCAUCCUGCUGCUCUUGUUUUUAUGGGAUCUUCCACAAGUCCAUACCUAAGUAUUUAUAACGGUGCCAACUCUUGGAGCAGGCAUAACUAGGGUGUGCCUGAUAGUGCCCCCAAUUGAAUUGGGGGGAACGGACCCAUCUGUAUUGUUUGUGCCCGUGAAAUCAGAAGGCUGCAUAGGAAUCUGGCUUAGAGGUUUGCGUGGAGGGCUGGCAAGGACAACAGCAGACCCGCAGAGGGCCAUAAAUCCCCACUGGAAAAGAUGAUUAUGUGAGGGGGAAGUAUAUUAGUCUUGAAACGGGUGAAGUGGAGUUUCUUCACUGGACUGGCUCCCUGCUCCCAAGGGUUGAGCACUUCAGUCCAUCUCAGUGACCCUAGAAGGCUCUCUCUCUCAGAGCUUUCUGGGGCCUCCCUGCUUGCCAAGUAUGACUUCUCUGGUCUCAGGCCUGGUUCUUUAAACAUGCAGAGGGAGAUGUCUAGCCUACCUGAUCUCAAGAGGAUGGCAAGUGGGGCCCUGCUUGCAUCUCCAUACCAAAAAAAGCACCUUGGGGAACUAUUUCCACGCGAGACACCAAAGAGCCAUCAAAAAGCUUGCCUACAACUAGUAAGGUUGUAAUCUCUUCACUCUAGGAACUGCCACCUGUCUACAUUGGUUGUCAACCAAUCUAGUAUUUGAAAUCUGCUUUGUUACAGCUUAAAGCAGCUCACCAUUCCUUUUUAUUUUUCUUCCUAAGGGCUGUGUCACUGGGAGAGGACUCCCUUUGCAUGUGGAAGGUUCCCAGUUCAUUCCUGGACCUCUCCCAAGCAAAGGUUGGGAAUCCCCUUGCUUUAAAACACCCAGGAGCUGCUGCCACUUAGCAUAGGCAGAUCUGGGUUAUGCGAACCGGUGGCCUGACUAUAAGGCAGCUUCUUGUGUCCCUAAGAAAUCUUGUCCAAAAGAGCCAUGAACAGGGUCAAAAUUCACCAGAUCUGUAACCCACUGCACACUUUCCUGGGAGUGAACCGCAUUGAACUUAAUGGCUUCUGAGAAGAUGUGCGUAGGACUAUUCAAGCACAAGAUUCAGGGAGCUGAAGAAACUGGAACCUUGGGUUUUAAAUUUCCUGCUUUUAAGGUGGCACUGCUGUCAGCAGUAUCACUAAGUUCAAGCGCAAGUAGCAGCGCUGUUUUCGCGUAAAGCGCUGAAGUCCAAAAACAGCUUUAGAGCACCAGAUUGGGGAAGCUUGAAACAAAGGACCGUGCGCAUCAGAGGCCUUGAGACACUGGCAGUUCCCACAAGCAGAAGGGAAAAGGAGCAGCUCUGAGUGGUCUUCAGGCCCGUUGAAUGACUGGCUUUUGUUCCUUUGCCUGAAUUGACUCUUGUUCUUGUGGGGUGACCAGAAGCACCAAUGGUUCAUAAUUUGGCUCAAAAGACUUGGGGGGCUUUAAACCAACCAGCUAGAGCAACUUCGCUGCGGGGUGAAUAUUUUGAAAGCUAGAUGAUCCUCUGGGUCUCUUGCAGCUCUACAUUUCUAUGAUUCUAAGAACAUCUUCGUUCACAGGGAAAGCCCUGAGGGCAGAGAAGAUUAUAGCAUGUAUUUGCAGCAUGCUACGAAAAAAUCCCCCCGGGGAGGCAGGUGUUGUGCAAUGGCAGCACAAACCUAUGGCUCCAAUUGGCUUGCUUGCUCCCUGUCACACAAGUGCGUCUUGCUGCUAUUGGCCGAAUUGUUUCUACUCAAGCCAUUGGCUUGAGGUGCUCUGAAUCCUAGGGCGAUAGAAGGCCUGGCCCAAUGAAGUCCCUGAGGAGUAAGACGAAAUCAUUGGGCUGUCAAGCAAAGGAGGCCUCUGUGCCAAGAGGGCUUGGACAGGAAGAUCUAGGAAUAAAGUUGCACAGACAAAAGCUUCACUUGAUGCUGAAAUAGCCAAAUCUAUUGGUGUGGUGAAAACGUUAGCUAAGUGGAAUCUGGCUUGAGUUGUGCUUGUGAGAGUGGUGUUGCUGGGAGCAUGGAGUGCAAGUUUGACCUAUGUUCAUGUGCUGAGCAUCUUUGCCGUAGGAGCACACAUCUGGGUGCUGGAUAUGCAGCGAAGCUGAAUAUUGGAAGAUUCAGGGCAGAGAAAAGAAACUUCUCCAUGUAGUGUUUAGUGAAACUAUGGAACUUGCUCCCAGAGGAGGCAGCGAUGGUUACCAACCUAGAUGGUUUUUAAAGAGGAUUAGACAAAUUAAUGGGUGAGAGGACUUAUGAUGGCUGCUAGCCGUGAUGGCUAUGCUCUGCCCUCCACAGUUGGAGGCAGCAAUGGGUCUGAAUCCCAGUUGCUGGAAACCACAAAAGCAGGCAGAGGGCUCUUGCGUUGAGAUCCUGGUUGCAGGUUUCCCAGUAAGGGUAUCUUGGCCACUGUGAGAACAGGAUGCUGGACACAAUGGCCUAUUGGUCUGAUCCACCAGGCUCUUCUUCCUUCCUUACAUUCUGAUGCCUACAGCACCCUUUUGCCUAGAAACUCUGGACUUCUCUCCUUUGUGGCAGGUGUGCUUAGUGCCCCUCUAGAGAACCAGUCCCCCUUCCAUGCACCGGUCAGACCUGAGCUGGGGCAUCAAACCUCACCAUGGUCUGUCAAAUCUCUUCAUGCCAACGUUGCAAAUGAUUUGGGGGCCCAAUUGUACCAAUACUCUAUGUGUACAAACUGCCUUCUCUUUUUGAAGAGGCAUAGAUCAUGCAAAUCCAGCACAUGAAGUGUACAUGAUAUACAUGUGUGUUGCCAGGGGGCGGGGGGAGACUGCUCACUCCUCCCACCUGAAUUGGCCACCAGCCUCAUAGGAAUUUCCUUGAAAGGGCACCACAUGAGCUUGGGCUUAUAGCUCAUGUGGGCACUCUCAGAUUAGACCUCAAUUCUUGUUCCUUGUAAACCUGAAUCAACUCCUCUUAAAGGCUUCCUACAAGACUGGGUUGCAAUUUAUUUCUCCUGUGUCUGUGCCUUGUUUUUAGGUUUAGGUUUUUACAUUUAUCACCUCUCUCUGCACAUCUGAUUAUUUUGCCAAGGUAACAACCUGGUUGCAGUAUCUGUUUUCCUAGCAUGAUUUUACUUAAGUAGUUAUUUUACCUCCAGAGUUAGGAGUGAGUUCUGCUGAGCUUAUUUGUAUUUACAUAUGGGGCCCGUUGCACGCAACUGCAGUCCUAUGCACAUGCAACCAAGAGUAAGCCAAAUUGGGAUAUGCAACCAAAUAAAUGUAGGUAGGACCAGGCUGUUUGUAAUUUGCAAACACUUCCAUCAUCCUCAGGACAAGUCUUAAAAGCUAGGCCAUGCUUGAGAGGGUUGUUUUGUGUGGGAGUGUGUGGGAGUAAUCCAUGGAACAAGUCUUAAAAGGUAGGACACAGUUUGGGUUUUGCAGUUGUGCGUCUGAAAAAUAAUUACAAGGCAUUCUUCAGAUAGAACAGACACAAAUAGCAGCUUCAGAAUAAAGAGCCCACUCUGCCAUCACUCAGGAAAAAAUGAAUCUGGUAUGAGCUUCUUGGAUUUGCCAAUUAAAAAUAUGAAAAACCCAGAGGGUGAAAUAUAGUCCUUUUCGGUGUUAGGAGGGAAAGUGGAAGGUUAGGGAUUUGACAUCAAUUUCAGGUGUUGGGUGGGGGGGCAAAAGAUAUGGGGAGCUCUCUGGCUCUCAUGAGCACUUGGCAGGGCCGGCCCACCCUCAAGGGAAGAUGAGGUGACCACUGCAGGUGGCUGGAUUCACAGGGGCAGAAGAUUGCAAUGUAGAUCUUUUCAUUUCAGGGAGGGAAGAAGCACCAUCUAGUGGUUCGUCUCAGGUGCCAAAACGUUUUGGGCCAGAUCUGGCAUUUUUAUACCACAUUGAUUCCAGUGGAAGGGAGUCAAGGAUAUGCACUUAACUCUCCUGGAAAAAAGUAGAAUUUAAGAGGAUGUCCUUGGCCAAAUCCUGCUCAUUCUAUGAAUUGCUCAUUGAAAAGACAUUGGGAUCCAAUUCAUACUUGGAUGCUUAAUGCUUAAUUUCUAACAUGUGAUUUUAAUGCUUAAAUAAGCCUUUUCUGCCUUUUGUAUGUGCACACUGAUAAUCUGGUUUAUAGGAUUUUAUGGAGCUGCUAGGGGGAUAUGGGAUCAUGACCUUUUUUCCUGUCAGGAACACCUGGGCCCUUGAAUCAGCAGCCUAACAGGGUUCGUAUGUAGUGUUAGUCAUACUUUUGAGUAAACCCACUGAAAAAAAAAAUGGACAUGGUUUAGGUCCAUUGUUUUCAAAGUGUCUACUCUGAGUAGAAUUCAGUUGGGCACAAUUCAAAGCUUGCCCCUUUCCCUAUCAUGGAUGGGCAGUGUUAGAAGUUGCACGUGUUGAAUUUCCACCUCCUACAGUACUUAAAUGAGAAAGGAAAAAAAUUACUUUAUUUAGAACACUGAUUAUCCUACAUAUGUUUUAAAUCAGGCAUGUCCAACAGGUAGAUCGUGAUCUACUGGUAGAUCACUGGAUGCCUGUGGUAGAUCAAUGGUAGAUCACUGGCUCCCCCCCAAAGAAGCUCAACAACUUUGGCUCCCCUAAAAAAAGCACCCCCCAAAUGGUGUUCUCCGUCUCCCUAAAAAAAGCUCAACAAAAACUUUGAUCUGAAGGCCUUAAAAAAGGGCCUUCGUCUUCCCCAAAUAAGCUCAACAACUUUGACCUGAACCCCCCAAAAGGGGGUAGAUCACUGCCAGUUUUAAACUCUGUAAGUAGAUCGCAGUCUCUUGGGAGUUGGCCACCCCUGUUUUAAAUAAAUAAAGGCAUUAAAGACCUUUAAAUACUGUAGGGGAGGUGGAAAUCCAACCAAGGCAGCUUUUCCCGAACUCUACCUAUCAGGCUGAAAGCUGCAUGCUUUAUGCCUGUUACGCAGAAAUUGGCUGGUUAUGUUUUGGUUUUAAUUGCAACAUGCAGUUCACUGUAUGGCCACAAAAUUCCUUUGCAGCUAGACUGUGUUUUGCCCUAAGCGUUCCCUGCCAACACUAGGGCCAUGCUUACUGGGUUGCCAACUUUUCAACUGGCCGCUGCAGCUAUGCAGCUUGACAGACAUCGUUCAGCAUGGUUAAAGCGUGCUCAUCACCUGCAUGCAGUGAGGGGAGCCUUUCCCCUUAGUACCCUACACACAAAUGCUGCCGGCAAAGGGCACAAGAGAGCAUAUCUGUUUCUGGUCAACUGGCAACCUCGCGUGCAAGCCUGCGAUCCAAGAAACCCUUCUUAGUUUGCAGGAGAAUCGGUGGCUGCAGAAUUUCAUUUCCCCGUCUGGCUUGUCGCGUUGAUCGGGAGGUGGGAAGGUGGGCGGAACUUCAUAUACUCGAGUCCUUGUUUCAGGAGGGGAGGGGGAAGGAAACUCCUUCCAGGGGGAGGAAGCCUAUUGGCCAGCUAGACUACCAAUCCGCGUUCUCUUCCUCUUUGCAGAGGCGGCCAAUCGGCGCGCGCGGAGUCCCACGCAAGCGGCUACUGUUCCCGGUUCGCAGUUUGCAAGGUGGAAAGGGAUGCUGGAGCGGCUUUUGCAGAGGGUGCAACUGGCAUGAGGGGACCCGGCGGUUUCCCACGUGGGAACUGAGGACUUGGCACGGGUUUCCUAAAAGAUGAAGGUCCUUUGGCCUUGGAGGAAGAUCUGGGCUGGGAAGAGCCAUCUCUGCAGGCUGUACAGGGCAGGUGCCCUUCCUUCCCACAUCUCUGAGCGCCUGGCGUUUUACGAGAAGCUAAAAGCUGCUGCGGCUGAACAAUGCGCCGAGCGGAGCCACAAAAACAGCCAGCCGAUCCGGAUUUCCCUACCAGGUGGCAGUGAAAUAAACGGGGAGGCCUGGAUGACCACGCCGUAUCAAGUGGCGCUGCAGAUCAGCCGGAGUCUGGCCCAGGGUGCUGUGGUGGCACGGGUGAAUGGGAGCCUACAUGACCUGGAUCGCCCGCUGGAGGGCGACGCCAGCUUGGAGUUUGUGGAUUUCGAAUCUCGGGAUGGGCAGGCGCUUUUCUGGCACUCCAGUGCCCACGUUCUAGGAGGUGCCGCCGAGCAUUUCUACGGUGCCUACCUGUGUCAUGGACCCAGCACUGAAAAUGGCUUCUUCUAUGACAUGUAUUUGGAUGAGGAAAGGACUGUGUCCAGUAAAGACCUGCCAGUCCUGGAGGAAAUCUGCAAGGAGAUAAUCUCCAAGAACCAUCCCUUUGAACGGCUGGAAGUGUCUCGAGAGGAUCUGAUGGAGCUCUUUAAGCACAACAAAUUCAAACUUCAGAUUAUCAACGAAAAGGUGACAUCUCCGACUGCCACCGUGUACAGGUGUGGGCCCUUCAUUGACCUCUGCCGGGGGCCGCACGUCCGGCAUACGGGAGAGAUCCGUGCACUGAAGCUCCUGAAGAACGCCUCCUCCUACUGGCACGGAGACCCUUCCAAGGAGUCGCUGCAGCGUGUCUAUGGCAUCUCCUUCCCCAGCUCCAAGCAGCUCACAGAGUGGGAACGGGCUCAAGAGGAGGCUGCCCAGCGGGAUCAUCGGCGGAUAGGCAAGGAUCAAGAGCUUUUCUUCUUCCAUGAACUGAGCCCAGGAAGCUGCUUCUUCCUCCCCAAAGGAGCGCACAUUUACACAACUCUCAUGGACUUCGUUAAGAGUGAGUAUCUCAAGCGCGGCUUCUCUGAGGUGAUCACCCCCAACAUUUACAAUGCCAAGCUGUGGGAGGCAUCCGGCCACUGGCAGCACUAUGCCGAGAACAUGUUCUCCUUCAGGGUCGAAGAUGAGACCUUUGCCCUCAAGCCAAUGAACUGCCCUGGCCAUUGCCUCAUGUUUGGCCACCGCCCCCGAUCUUGGAGGGAGCUGCCUCUCCGCCUUGCUGACUUUGGGGUUCUGCACAGAAAUGAGCCGUCAGGAGCCCUGACUGGGCUGACGCGGCUGCGCCGGUUCCAGCAGGAUGACGCUCACAUCUUCUGCUCCAUGGAUCAGCUGGAAGGAGAAAUUCAAGGCUGCCUGGACUUCCUUCAAGCUGUCUACUCUGUUUUUGGAUUCACUUUGCGCUUCUACCUGUCCACCCGCCCCGAGAAAUUCCUCGGAGAGCCUCACCUUUGGGAUCGGGCCGAGGAGCUGUUGGAAAAAAGCCUCCGAGACUUUGGACAGCCUUGGGAGCUCAAUCCUGGGGAUGGCGCCUUCUACGGGCCGAAGGUUGAUAUUCAGAUUAAAGAUGCCCUAGGCCGGCAUCACCAAUGCGCCACCAUCCAGCUGGAUUUCCAGAUGCCCAUCCGGUUUGAUCUCUCAUACGUAAGCAAAGACGGUGGUUUGGAGGAGAGACCAGUGAUGAUCCACCGAGCGGUCCUUGGCUCUGUCGAGAGGAUGUUGGCUGUCCUGGCGGAGAACUAUGGCGGGAAGUGGCCCUUCUGGCUGUCCCCGUUCCAAAUUAUGGUGAUCCCUGUUGGCCCAGACGUGGAGGAUUAUGCCUGCGAGGUCCACCAGCUCUUCCACCAGGCAGGAUUCAUGGCAGACAUCAAUGCCGACCAAAGCUUGACCCUCAACCGCAAGAUCCGAAAAGCCCAGCUGGCCCAGUACAACUUCCAGUUUGUGGUCGGCCGGAAGGAGAAGUCCAACCGUACCGUCAACGUCCGUAGCCGCAACAACCACCAAUACGGCGAACGGGAUUCGCACGAGGUGCUGCGCAGGCUCCACGAGCUCCAGGAAGCUCGUGUAAGAAAUGCUGAAGAGCUCUUCUGAAGGAGAGGCGAGACCCCCACCAUCAACUUGCCAGGACAUCCACAAGUAACAGAAACAACAGCAAAAGCUGUCGGUGUGUGUUUGUGGGUGUGAAUCAUUUCACAAGUGUCAUGCUUUUGGGGCACCUCAAGGUCACAAUAUGUUUCAAGAUCCUUGUCUUCACCCACAGUUUGGAGACUGAGGUCAUCUUAUCAAGCAAGGAAUCCUUGUUUGCUAGAGCUGAACCAGCCCAGGCCGUACAUCAAAGCCUCCCCGCUGCCUUCUCUUAACAUCCUUCGAAAUCUUGCAAUUUUUCAUUGUUGACUGGCAGAGCAGCAUGUACAACAACCAGGCCGCAGAAGAGCAGAACCCACUUUCUCAGAAAAGCUGUUUGUGGAAACGCAUUCUUGGAGGGAUGCCAAGUUUCUCUCCUUCACGCUGGCCAGUCUGUCUUUCAUGGUCACUGCAUCCCCUGCGGAGGCUCGUAAUUAAAAUACCUUUUCUUGAGAGCUUGGCUGGCGGUGUCAUUGAUUGGUUGGCCUCGCAGCAAACUACUGCAUUAGCCCCAGGCAACUUGGCAGGUCGAGGUCGGGGUCAGGCCAAGUUGUUCUUUUCUAAGGAUGCGUAAGGUGUGUCUUGUUGACAAGGGAUCCCAUUGAAACUGGUGCCUAGAGGGGGGGGGCAUUUAUCAGCAGGUGUGUGUGCAAAUUGCUCAGGUGAUUCAUCUUUGUCGCAGCUGGUUCCCGGAAAGCUGCGGAGGACCCACAGGUGGGAAGGGAAGAGAGAGACGCACACACACCUCUUCACAGGACUGAGUCAACAGCAGCUCAGCUCAUAAAUUCUACCUUGCCCCCUGCCCCUAAUAUCCUUCAUCAGAUGCAAAUAGGUCUCUUUAAUGGUUAUGUGAGUUAAUGCAUGGAAAUAGUUACUCAGGUUCGGCCUGUAUAACAUCCUGGUAGCAGGUCCAUCGGGCUCUUUUUGGUACUUAUGUUAAGUGCUUUUUAAGUUGUUUUAGCAUUUUGGUAUAUAGGGUGGUGGAGCCCAUAAGGGGUUUUUUUUUGGCGGUGCUGAGCAACAUUCAGGAAAGAACACCUUCAAGCCUUAAAAAAAUUACAGUCAUACCUCGGUUUAAGUACGCUUCGGUUUGAGUACUUUCAGUUUAAGUACUCUGUGGACCUGCCUGGAACGGAUUAAUCCACUUUCCAUUACUUUCAAUGGGAAAGUUCGCUUCAGGUUAAGUACACUUCAGGUUAAGUACGGACUUCCAGAACCAAUUACACUCAUAUACUUCGGGAUAAGUACGCUUCAUUUUGAGUACUCCACCAACCCGUCUGGAACAGAUUAAUCCACUUUCCAUUACUUACAAUUGGAAAGUUCACUUCAGGUUAAGUACACUUCAGUUUAAGUACUCUGUGGACCGUCUGGAAUGGAUUAAUUCACUUUCCAUUACUUGCAAUGGGAAAGUUCGCUUCAGGUUAAGUACAGACUUCCGGAAUCAAUUCUGUACUUAAACCGAGGUACCACUGUAAUUUUUGUGUGUCAUGCAUUGCUAAUGAAAGAGAAUGCAUCUGUUUGUGUAUAAAAUUUCUCUAAUAGUUAAAUCUAUUAAUUGGUUAUAUAAUUAUAAAUAUUUAAUUAAAUAUAUUAAUUAUGUACAUUAAAUAAUAUUAAAUAUAUUGUGAACACUUUUUAUUUUUGAUACAGAAUUUACUUCAGUGUGCGGCCUACAGGUCCUAUGUUGAAGUACUCUUGCGGCCCACUUGGCAUGAAAAGUUGAACCGCCCUGCUCUGUCCAUGUCAGGGCCGUCUUGAGUAUAUUUGGCGCUGUGGUGCGAUGGAUCCCUCCGGCGCCCCCGCCCUGCCCCGUUUCCCAGCGCGGCGGACGGGCGAAGCUGCACGGCCGGAGCUGCGUGGGCGGCCGCAGCUCUGCGGUGGGCAGGAGCCCUGCGCCACCCAGCCUGGCCGUAGGGCCAGCCCUGGUCCAUGUAUCUGUGGAACACUAAUAAAAAUAAUAAUAUGGUGGUGGCUUAAAAUUGAAUCUCCCAUGCUCAGAGGCAGUCUGCCUUGAUAUUUAUUUAUUUAUUGCUAUGAUGCUAGGAAGAAAAUAUCCCUUGGACGUCAGCUGCUGAAAACGGGAGGGGAGAAGGUGCCCCUCUGGUUGAGUUUCCUGUUGGGGCAGCACUUCGGCAUCUACAUUAAACUUUAAAUGGUCACUCUGCAUCUGAUUCAGCUGGGUUCCUCUUCUUACGUAACACACUUACG